AUGCGAUCCAAACCGUCCGACUACCCAGGACUUCCGUUCCAUCUCAUCCGCAUCCUCGCCUUCUUAUCGUCGCUGAUAGUCGCUAUCGUGCUUGCCGUGUUUAUCUAUCAUCUCCAUGCCGACGGGUACAAAUUACCCUUUGCCUUCUUAAUUCUUCUCAUCGCCGCUCUCAUCUCCCUCAUCAAUGUCAUCCUCACAGCCUUUAUGAACUGCAGCUGCGGCUUGAGCACAAUGCUCGCGAUGGUUCUCGACACCCUCUGUCUAGUCGUUUGGCUCGUCGGCCUCGGUUUAAUAAGCUACAACACCGCACACACAAUCCUUACAUCAUGCACAACGAAAUACUGGGGUAACUCCACCGGCGAAGACGUAUGUCGCAUGUACAAGGCCGUCUUCGCAUUCACAGUCCUCGCAGUAGCAGCCUUCAUCGCCUCGCUCGCAUUAGACGGUAUCGUCCGUCGGCGCCAGAACAGGCUCGGUGUGUACGGACUCGCUGGGCCCGGUGAGGAUGCCAUGGAGUUGAAGAUGUCGAACGUACGCAGUGGGUCUCUACCAGCCAUGCCGUAUGAGCAUGAUGUACCGGCACCUGCCAUGGCAGCUGGGGGAUACGGGGACCAUGAACAGCAUCCGUACUCGGAUACUUCCUACUCGCACUCGCGUGGGCAGAGUAUGCCCGGUGAUGCGCAGCAGUAUUAUGAUGAUGAUGCUCCUGCGUACGGUCAUGGUGAUCGGGCACAACCAGCGCGCUUCAAUUCUUACGAGCGAGGAGAUGAUCGGUCUGCGGCGACUGGGUAUGAUCCCAUUAUGCAUCGUUGA